GGAAGAGGAGGAUAUGGACCAGUUUAUAAGGUACUAAAAUAACUUGACAUGCUCACUGUGGUAUUUUGUGCUAACAAUUGUCAUCAUCAGGGUGUACUUGCAAACGGGACAGAGAUUGCAGUCAAGAGACUUUGCAAGAACUCCGACCAAGGACUGCAAGAGUUCAAAACGGAAGUUCAGCUAAUUGCAAAACUUCAGCAUCGCAACCUCGUAAAGCUUCUUGGUUGUUGCAUUCAGCAAGAAGAGAAACUUUUGAUUUAUGAGCUCAUGCCCAACAGGAGUUUGGACUACUUUAUUUUUGAUGAUGCUAGAAGAAAAUUAUUAGAUUGGACUAAGCGCUUUCACAUUAUUAGUGGCACAGCUCGAGGCCUAGUCUAUCUGCAUCAGGACUCUAGGCUAAGAGUCAUUCAUAGAGAUCUAAAAACUAGUAAUAUUCUUCUUGACGAAGACAUGAAUGCAAAAAUAUCAGACUUCGGUCUUGCUAGGACAUUUGCAAGUGAUCAGACUGAAGACAAGACUGGAAGAGUGGUGGGAACUCAUGGUUAUAUUUCGCCCGAGUAUGCAGUGCGUGGAUCUUUCUCAAUGAAAUCUGAUGUGUUCGCCUUUGGUGUAAUCGUGCUUGAGGUAGUCAGUGGGAGGAAGACAAGAGAGUUCUGUGACCCAGAUCAAAGUCUUAACCUUCUGGGAUUUGCAUGGAAGCUAUGGAAUGAGGAGAGGACUUUGGAGCUGGUAGAUGAAUCACUGCGUGAUUCGGUGAAUGAAGAUGAAGCAUUGAGAUGUAUUCAGAUAGGGUUGUUAUGUGUGCAAGAGAGACCAGAACAUAGGCCUAACAUGUCAUCUGUAGUUCGUAUGUUGGAUGAUGAUAAACCAUUGCCUCGGCCAAGGUUGCCGGCAUUUUAUUCACACCAACAAGAUUCUACACUGAUUGAAGGUGAAGAUGGUGAAGAAGUUCAUUCAGCAAAUGAGGUUACCAUAUCAUUGUUAGGGGCAAGGUAGUAAGUAGAGUUUACAUUCAAUGAUGUUAUGUGAUUAUUCAUAUGGUGUAUAAAUAAAUAGGCCUGUUCUGAAACUUGGCAUCUGAGCCAAUGAGCUGGUGUGUGUGCAAAGGAAGAAAGAAGAAGAAUAUAAGGAGAGAGGAAAAU